AUGAAUGGAGCGAUGGCUAAUUUGCAGAAGCCAAUCUCAUUUGAUCGCGAUUGUUGGAUCGGAAAAAAUGUACCUGAGGAGAAAUUUCAAAUCUCAACGCAGCAUUUAAAGUACAACAAGGAACUAAUUGAUAGCGUCAUGAAGCCGAAUACCAGAUUCUUCUCAAUCAUCCGAGACCCAACGACGAACUUUGUCUCGAGCUACAGAUACUACCAAUAUUUACUGGGCAGGCUUUGGGAGCAAUUCGGAUUCCGCGGUUUAGACCAGACGAAGAAGGCUCCUACUGAUCUACUUUACAAAGAAAUGGAGCAUUUUUUGGAAGACGAGAAAAGAGCUUGGAGAUAUUUACGAAAAGUUCCGGAGUCCUCAUUUGCCAGAAUAGGUACUCUUCGUCCCCAAUUGGUCUUCUUUGGAAGUUACACGGAUGAAAACGGAAAGGAAUGGAUGUCAUAUGAUCAAGUCAUUCCAGAAGAUGUACUUCAAGCUUGGUUCAAAAAAUUGGAUGAUGAUUUCGAGUUUAUUCUUAUUAUGGAAUACUACGACUUAGGCUUAGCGCUUCUUGUAACGGAAUUCUGUUGGUCAAUAGAGGACGUGGCGUAUCUAAAAGUAAAUGCUCAGGCUCAUUCUGGACUAGAACUCUCGAAAAAAGCUGUCAGAACUUUGGAAAAAAUAAAUUAUCCGGACUAUGCCCUCUAUCGUUAUUUCAACAAUACUUUUUGGCAGAAGGUUGAAGAAGUUGGUCUUGCAAAAGUUGAGGCGAUUGCUGAUCUUAUUGGGGAGAAAUCUGGGGAAAUCGCGGAGCGGUGUAUUCAAGAUGAUUAUUUAAAUAAUGAUGGCACUCAAAAACUGAAGCCUCGGUUGAAGGAGGACGUUUAUGAAGAUGCAGAAUGCGGCCGUUUUAUCAUGCACGGCCCAACGAUGACCAAGGUUACACAACGAUAUAUGAUCGACUAUUUCGGGGAUAGAUACCAACCGUGUCCAAAAUACACAAGUUCAAACUCUUGGGCAGAAAAUAUGGAGAACAACAAGAAGUCCUGGCAAUUCAAGUACAAAUUCUUGUCUGGAGGGGGAGGACGAUUUACGUAG